CGACUUAGUCUCUAGUCAGCGUCAUCGUUCAAAAGUCGGAAGUCCUCCAAGUCUGUGAUCAACCGGGAGACCAGCGAAAGAGAAAAGGGGAAAAACCAUGCCGGCUCGCAACAAGGAACAAGAGACGGAGGUGUUGGCCUGGAUCGAGGCUGUUUUGGGCGAGAAGCUUCCGCCAGGGAACUACGAGGAUAUUCUGAAGGAUGGCGUUGUCCUGUGCAAGCUCAUCAAUAAACUAGCGCCAGGAUCGGUGAAGAAAAUUCAAGCCAAGGGAACCAACUUCCAACUCAUGGAGAACGUUCAAAGAUUCCAAGCCGCCAUUAAGGACUACGGCGUUCCACAAGAAGAGAUCUUCCAAACGGCCGAUCUCUUCGAGAGACGCAACAUCCCACAAGUUACGCUUUGUCUGUACGCCCUUGGAAGGAUUACGCAGAAACACCCCGAGUACACUGGACCGAGGCUAGGACCAAAGAUGGCGGAUGAAAACAAACGAACGUUCACCGAGGAACAACUCCGCGCCAGCGAGGGCCAGGUCAAUUUGCAAAUGGGAUACAACAAAGGCGCGAGUCAAUCCGGUCACGGUGGAUUUGGCAACACUCGACACAUGUAAACAUGAUUUCUCUGAUGCGCACGUGUUGCUAUCGAUCGAUAUAUAGGUGUAGAAAUUCUUUUACUACUCGCUACCUAUGUGUCUACAAAUGCCACAAGACAUGACCAAAUAGAAUCGAGAUGUUCUCAUCGGAGCCCAAUGAUCGUUUCAAUGGACAUUUAGGAAAAUGUAAUUUAGGAUUGCUGAAAGAAAGAAGAACGCCUAAAUUUGUUAAAUUGAUUUUGUUAUAGUAUUCUGCGUGAACGUAAAUGCGAUAUCCUGGCAAAACGCGAUGUUAAUCGACCGACGCAACGUUUACACAAUACACAUUAUUUAUUCCUACAUUACACGUCACACGGUAUUCAUCGAAGAUGAGUAUUAUUUCAUUCAAAUAAUACACUCGCCACAUUACUCGAAACAACACGACUUAUACACACACGUACAUUUACAUACACACAUAUACAAAGACAUUUUACACUCUCUUUUAGUCGUAAACGUUAACAUCGCGAAAAACGAAAGGAUUUGUUCGGAGUGAACAGGAUCACGCAAUUACGACACGCUUAUCGUGGGACCUUGUGUCUUGCAUGAGAAUAAUUUCAUCGUAUACGUAUUUAAAGUAUUCAAUUGUUUACUCGUAAUUUGCUAAUAAUAUGUAAACGAAAAAAAAAAAAAAUAAAGAGGCAGUGCUGCUAUUUUUUAUUA